AUGCAACAUAGGUUUUUGUCAGUCUUGGCAGUGAAGCUGAAGAAGCCGCAAUUCGAUCUGGACCAGGUGGGGGUGCAAUACAUGGGCAUCACAUCCACUCCCCCCUCCACGACCUCUCUCUCCCUCUCCAUUCGCCUCCCCUUUGCUGCCACCAACUCCAACAAGGUUGGCAUCCGAUACGGCCAGUCCAGCUUCACUGUCAUGUACCGCGGGAUCCCCCUCGGCAAAGCCACUGUCCCCGACUUCUUCCAACAACCCCACAGUCACUGUCAGGUCAUCUCCACCAUCAUCGUCGAUCACAUUAAUCUCCUCCAGGUUGACGCUGCCGACUUGAUUCGCGACGCCUCCAUCAUCGACUGCGUGGACCUCCACAUUUUGGGCGAUGUCUCCGCCAAGAUCCGCGUCAUGAACUUCGAUUCCCCUGGCGUUCAGGGAUCAGGCUUAGGUGAAAGCCUCGACCUUUGGUUUUCAUUGCCUUAA